AUGGCCACCCAUUCCCACGACGGCGGGGCAUCGCACUCUCACGCCCACGACGGGGCAGCGGCGACACCCCACGGCCACUCGCACGAGAUCCUCGACGGGCCCGGGUCCUACCUUCACCGCGAGAUGCCCAUCGUCGAGGGGCGCGACUUCUCCGACCGGGCCUUCACCGUCGGCAUCGGGGGCCCCGUGGGUUCGGGCAAGACGGCUCUCAUGCUCGAGCUCUGCCUGGCCCUGCGCAGCGAGUACAACAUCGCCGCCGUGACCAACGACAUCUUCACCCGCGAGGACGCCGAGUUCCUCACGAAGCACGGCGCCCUCGCCCCCGAGCGCAUCGUCGCCAUCGAGACGGGAGGGUGCCCGCACGCCGCCGUGCGGGAGGACAUUUCCGCCAACCUCCUCGCCCUGCAAGGGUUGCACGCGAAGUUCGGCACCGACUUGUUGUUGAUCGAGUCCGGCGGCGACAACCUCGCGGCCAACUACUCUCGUGAACUGGCCGACUUCAUCAUCUACGUCAUCGACGUCGCGGGGGGGGACAAGGUGCCUCGGAAGGGGGGUCCCGGCAUCACGGGCAGUGACCUCCUCGUCAUCAACAAGUGCGACCUCGCCGUCGCCGUCGGCGCCGACGUGGACCUGAUGGAGCGCGAGGCCAACAAGAUCCGCGAGGGCGGGCCCGUCGUGAGGGCCGUCAUCAAGAACGGCGUCGGCGUCAAGGAGACGGUCGACAUGAUCUUGAGUGCGUGGAAGAGCACGACGGGUUACGGUGAGAGUAGGAAACGUUGGGCGGCCAACGGUGGACAGAGGGGCAGCGGUGAGCAGCCCAAAGUGAGUAGGUGAGAUGAUACGAAAGAAGGACAGAGAAGCAAAAUCCUACACCAGUCAACUCAACAUUUGAGACGAAUAGACCAAAACCCUCGGAAACUAUUGCCGUAUCAAGGUCCAUUGUAAGGUGUGUGUGUAUAUCAUAUAUAUACAUAUAUACGUACAUGUACCUGUCUUGGUUCGGUACCCCAUGUAUAUCUGUAUAUUCAUACAGAGGAAGCACGAGCACGGGAUCAAGUGGUGGCUCGGUUCAAGGUAUGGCAGGG